AUGCAAUAUUUUUUGGCUUUGUGUUUUGUUUUAGUAGCUUUGGGCUAACAGAUAAAAGGAAAUGGAAAACAUCAUAAACACAAGAACAAAGAGAUAGGGUUUGUGUAGGUUUCAGCAGAUCUGAAUGAUUAACGUAUCAUCUUGGAAGGGAUUAUACAAUAGGUGAAUCAAUUAGCUCUCUUAGUAUAAAGAUAAAAUGUAUUUGAUGAUAGUUUGAGACAAAGACCUUUUGAUUUGAUGGGUUAAUUGGAUCGACUUGAUAAAUUGGAAUUGUACCCAGAAGAAUCUAAGAUUAUUGAAAGCUUAAAAUAGCAAUUAAACAUAAUCUCUAAUGCCAUGGAUGUGGAUGAUUACAUUCAGGAAUGCGAUGGGGAAGAUGUUUGUUAAAUCUGUCAAGCUUCCAUGUACUAUUAAUUAGACGAUGAUAAUUGGUAUAUGAUUGGAUUCGAGCAUGGAUUUAAAAAGGAAUUCCAAUUCCUAUUAGAUUCUGCGAAAUAAGCACUAGGAUCUGAUGGGGAUCUCUUGUUGGCCUUCUCAACUGAAAAUCACAUCUGUCUGCAAUUUGCCAAUCUCAAACAUCCCAUAGACAUCAAUGGUGUGCUUAAGCUCUAUUUGGGAACUACCUUAAACGAUUACCAAAACAAAUUGAUUCACUUGCCAACACAUGGAGUGCCUUUGGAGUUCCUUGUCAGAGCAGAGUAUACAAAUAGGAAUUUCAUUUACAAAGACCUCAAAUUUAUUGUAAAUGACAAUUCCUAGAGAGACAUCCUGGGGGGUCGAUUGAACAAAUUGCAAUUUUCCAUUUUCGAUUAAAAUGUAUUCAUCGAAUACGACGGUCAAUUUUAUAUCCAAUCCCAAAUCUAUCCAUUUUAGGUCAAGACUAUUCAAGGGGACACCAAAUCAGAAUAGAUCAAUAUUAAAUAUUCAAAGAACAUAGCUGAAAAGUAUUUGUCUAAUUCCAUUUUGAAGGAUACUUUCAAAUUUAGCUAGAUGCAAGCUUCUACUUAUACAAAUAGUACUGAUAUUGUAAUAUCUGUUGAAUUAGACUGA